CGGCGGCGGGAGGUGGGCCCGGCCCGGCGCUGCCCUCGACAGCGGCAAGUUUGGGAGUUGCACUAGUUUGCGGGGUGGGGGAGAGGCCGGGCGGGGCGCCAUGGAGGAGGACCGGGGGUCGUCGCUGGCGGCCGAGUCGGCGCUGGAGAAGAACGUGGCGGAGCUGACCGUCAUGGACGUGUACGACAUCGCGUCGCUCGUGGGCCACGAGUUCGAGCGGGUCAUCGACCAGCACGGCUGCGAGGCCAUCGCGCGCCUCAUGCCCAAGGUCGUGCGUGUCCUGGAGAUCCUGGAGGUGCUGGUCAGCCGCCACCACGUCGCGCCUGAGCUGGACGAGCUGCGCCUGGAGCUGGACCGCCUGCGUCUGGAGAGGAUGGACCGCAUCGAGAAGGAGCGCAAGCACCAGAAGGAGCUGGAGCUGGUGGAGGACGUGUGGCGGGGGGAGGCGCAGGACCUCCUUUCUCAGAUCGCCCAACUGCAGGAGGAGAACAAGCAGCUCAUGACCAACCUCUCGCACAAAGAUACCAGCUUCUCUGAGGAGGAGUUCCAGAAGCACGAAGGCAUGUCAGAGCGUGAGCGGCAAGUGAUGAAGAAGCUGAAGGAGGUGGUGGACAAGCAACGCGACGAGAUCCGUGCCAAGGACAGGGAGCUCGGUCUGAAGAAUGAGGAUGUGGAGGCUCUGCAACAGCAGCAGACCCGGUUGAUGAAGAUCAACCACGACCUCCGGCAUCGUGUCACAGUGGUGGAGGCCCAGGGGAAGGCCCUGAUCGAACAGAAGGUAGAACUAGAGGCAGAUCUGCAAACCAAGGAACAGGAGAUGGGCAGCCUACGGGCAGAGCUCGGGAAGCUGCGAGAGAGGCUGCAGGGCGAACUCAGCCAGAACGGAGAGGAGGAGCCCGAGACAGAGCCGGGCGGGGAGGAGUGUGCCUCGGAGGCGGAGAAGGUGGCCAUGGAUCUCAAGGACCCCAACCGCCCCCGGUUCACGCUGCAGGAGCUGCGGGAUGUACUACACGAGAGGAACGAACUCAAGUCCAAAGUGUUUCUCUUGCAGGAGGAGCUGACGUACUACAAGAGUGAAGAAAUAGAAGAGGAAAAUCGAAUACCUCAACCUCCACCGGUUGUCCACCCGAGAAUGUCCCCCCAGCCGGAGUCUGGGAUCAAGCGACUGUUUAGCUUCUUCUCCCGAGACAAGAAGCGUCUGACCAACACGCAGAGGAACGUGCACAUCCAGGAGUCCUUUGGCCAGUGGGCCAACUCCCACCGUGAUGACGGUUACACGGAGCAAGGACAGGAAGCCCUGCAGCACCUGUGACCACAGCCCCCCUCUGCCCUCGGACCGGAACUGUCCCCUGCCAGCGCCUGCAGCGGAACCUGGCAGCCCCAGGUGUCACGACCUUGCACACCUCUGGGUUCAGAUGCACCCUCAGAACUGAUCCCUCAAACAGACUGUCUGCUUUGAGGAAGCACACCGAAAAACUGAUGCCAAACUCUAAAGACAUGUUUAUUUAUACCCAGGGCUAUCACCGUUUAUAAUAGAUGACUGAUCCCUUAGGAUAUAUAUUUAAUAAUACCAUGAGCAGAGGCCAGACUUUUGCAUUAACUUCAGUAACACAAGCUUCUUUAAGCCAAAUACAUCACAUGCCACUAUAAUUGCUGUUUGACUUGCUUUGUAUGAAAUUCUAUGUGUAGAGGUUUUAUUAACACAUUUGUCAUACUUAAGUGGGAGGCAGGGAAGUGGUAGAUUUUCAUUAGAUCAUUCAUGAAAUUGUCAUGGUGGUAGCAUAAUAUACAGGAUGCAUCCAUUAGAUAAGCGGGGCCUCCGAAGUCACCAGACGAGCUGGCCCCGCUUAGAUGCGAAGCAACAGAAAAUAUGGACGACAGUCCAGCCCAGAAACUGGAGAUGACUUGCAAGAGCCAGUGGUUCUAUUUUGCACCUUGUUACUGAUACUGCCUAGAGCAUGUAGCGAGUGCCUUGGAAUCAGCUGUGAGUUAUGCAGUACUAACCAAACAAAGUUGCUAAGGAUGAGACAUUGCAACCUUUCUCAUUU